AUGGCGGGUUAUUCAAUCGAAAAAGUAUUUCAAGAAGCAAGAGACAACGCUAGGAGGGCCAAAAUAAACUUCAACGCAAUAAUUGAGAAGUACAGUAAAGAAUUUGUAGAUGAUGAUACUGUAGAUGUGUUAGAUAAUGUAAUCAUAGCAGAUAAAGGUUUUAUAAGAAAAUCAUCUAAAAAAUCUUUUGGUACAACCCGCCUUAAAACCACCAAGAGAAAAGAAGAGAGUCAAGCUGGGUUUAUAUCAGGCAGUGAAAGCGAGUGUAGUUUUCAAACCACUAAUUAUGAGAUUAUUAAAGAAGAAACAUAUGAUGAAACAAGUCCCGAUCUAUUACAAGAUUUGGUGAACUCAUUCGUUCAAGAUCCAGGAUAUGAGCCAAGUGAUGCCGAAACAAUAAGUUCAGGAAGUAGCUCUAGUAGCAGAAUUACAGAUGAUGAAGACAGUCUUAGUGAAGAAGAUGAAGCUGGUACCUCACCCAUCAUUAUCAAAGAUGAACCUGAGAGUCUACAUGAUAACCCUCUUGAUCCAAAUAGAUGGUAUUCUCUAUCUAAAUACAAUAAUUACAAUCCUAGAGAUACUGUCAAUGGUUUACCACAAAGUCGUCCUACACCUACCAAAAUCAGCAUUGUCACUCCAGAGAUAUUUCAGGAUGACGGUAAUUUUCCAGAACCAGAUAUAGUUAAACCUACAGGCCAAUCCAAUAUCCAUAAAUCUGUCUCUAAUAAUCCUCAACCACCAACUCAUUCUGCCAGAAAAAGAGUACCAUUUAAUACUUUACAGCUGUAUGGUCCAGAGCAAUCAAACAAGACAUUUACUAUGAAUAGUCCAAGACCUGGCUUUGUUUCAGAGAGUUCUGCCAACAAUGUGACCAUCAUUCCUACAACUGAUGACUCAGGGGAUUGCUUUGUUGUUCUUUCGGACAAUUCCAUGUGUAUUGAUCAACAGCAAAGCAGCCCAACUGUUUACCUUAAUCAAAAUAAUAAUACCAGUUGCGAAUUUAGUUCUUCAGCAUUACAAUCGUCUUAUAUAUGUACUGGGGAAAAAGCAAAAAGUUCAGUUACUCCAAGAAGAAAACUUAAACCCAAGAAGUCAAAUAGACAACCAAGAUUUAGAACCUUUUCCAAUGAAGAUCUUCAAAUGUUUUUUGCAUCAAAUGAUCCAAUUGAUGCUGAAAAGAUCAUUUCUCCACCAGAAUGCAACAGAAGUAAUGAACCUGGUACAGCAAUGUCAUUUAAUCAACCCACUGAAAAUAGAAAGAAAGAGGUAUCCAAGUCUCUGUCAAUACUAGCAAUGUUUAACCAAAUCAAGUCCAAACACAACAAGAGUCCAGAACGCAAUCCACUUGAAACAGGAAAUAGAUCAUCUGAGAAGACACCUGCAUUUGAUAGUUCUCUACAGAAUCUUGACCUUUCUCCAUCAUCACAUCUAGCCACACUGAGACUUAGAGAAUCUCCCAGCCACAAAGCUGUCAACCAGAAACAAGCUGCAAGUGUCAAUGAUCUACAAGCAACUGGCAGAAGACAAAGGAUUGGAAGACAGUUUAGAAGUACUAUAGCAUUAAGCGACCUACAAGUUACUGCCAAUCGGGCUAGUUUCAAUGAUUUUAAAAAACUACAGGACUCUCAAGUAAGACAAUCAGCCCCACCCCUUACAAGUGAAAACUUGAGAAUUUUUAAUGAAAUGAAUAGCAGUUCUUGUGAUUUGAUCCCAAGUCCUAAAAGAGGUUCAUCAAUAAGAUCUCAAUCAAGUGUGAUGAUUCUUAGUCCAGAAAGACUACAAUCUGUUCCUCCUGUCCAGAAAAAUUUGACACAAGUUACUACAAACCAUAAUUUUGAUCUAACAAAGAGUCCAAGGAGAUCUUCCUCAACACAGCCAUUACUAAGAAGACUUUUUAACACUAAUGGUACUAAUCCUAUGGGAGAAGCUCAAGCCCAAGAAAGAUUACCAUUCAAGCUGCAGAAUGCCACCACAAGAAAUAAAUUGGGUGUAGUAGCUGAAAAGAUUGGUCCAGAUAGAGUCCACAAAACAAUGGUUGCUGACCAAUGCCUUCCACCUUCAGAAAAUCUAUCUCUUGGUAAAAACCCACAAAUAACCAAUCUUACACUUUUUGAAAACUUGUUUCAAACUAUUUCCAAUUCACAGCAAUCAAAAGCAACAUCUUCUCUUUUAGCCCAAGGAUCUAGAAAUUCAUCUCUUAUUGAAAUGUCUAACACUUCUAGUACUGUGAUACAACCAAUUUUACAUCAAAAUAGAACUAGUAAAUCUGUGUCCUCGCCUUCCAAGACCUCCAGUCCCCAAAAUACAAGACAAUCCUUACGACACUCUAAGUCAACUAUACCAUUAACAGCAGGUUAUCAGGACACAAAACCUCGAGCUGUAAAUGUGUCCAGAUCUCUUGUAGAUUUUAAUAUUCAAAUGGCAGAAUCUAGUGAACACAUUUCUGUAGAUCAGACUGGCUUACUUACUAAUCAGUUAUCUUCAAUGAAAAGUCUAUCAAGUGACUCUUCAACUGUGAACAUUCAUAUGCCUGCUUCAAACAAUGACAUCUUUUUACCAAGACGCAAUACAAGGCCAAUGGUGUGCGCAACUACAUCUGUUCAAAGUAAUCCAUCACGCAAUUCUUCUGAUAUGCGAAUUUCAAAGAGACGCCAAAGCAAGAGUUUGGAAUUUGAGGAGAGCACACUACAAAACGAUCUCAAUACAAGUCCAAAUAAGGAACGUAGAAUGGACCAACAAAAUCGGAAUGGUUUUCAUAAUGGUUUUGUUAUUCCACAAGCCAGUAACAUUAUAAAACCUGUUCCAAAAAUGACCUCCCAAUGUGGAAACAUAAUUAGACCAGUUCCACGAGGAUCUCAAGUCAGAAGACGUGCACCGUCAAAAGCCAUGGAUUCAAUAGUGACGAAUCAAAAUAAAGAGACAAUUUAUGAGUGGCAAUCUGACAGCAGUCAAAGUUCAGGACACUUUCAAAGACCAAUCCCUAAAUUCUUUAGCCUUUCCUCAGCUUCUUCAGUUAGUCCUCAACCCAUUAACAGUCAAUUUGAGACAAGCACACCCAGAAAGACUACUUUAAUACGACCACAAUCUUCUAUACUCAAUGAUUCAAUGUCAACAAUUUCAUCAGAGUUACCUAACUUUGCUGACAUCCAAAAUGGCUGA